CCCACAUUGCCACACAGAUCUUUCUCCGAAUCUGCUGACAAAAAAGAAAAAGAAAAGUCAAAGUCAGAAACGCAAUUGGACGCCGACAAAGAUCCUACCCUAAUCUCACCGCACCCAAUCUAUCUCUCUGCGACGCUUCGAAUCACCUUUCUCUCACUCAAAGACACAGAAAGAGAUAGAUCCACACUUCUUCUUCAAGCUUCAGCUUGUGGACUAUAAAUAUUCUCCCCCGGAUUCUCUUCCCCAGUUGGACAAAUCACUUUCUCAUACUGAUUUCUUUUCUUUUUCAUUCACUCUCCUCUAUUAAGUAGUGCAGUGUAAAUUUAGGCUUGAACUUGGCUCGUGUGCUAAAUAAACGAUCUAAACAAGCUUUUCUUGAGCUGAGCCAGCAUCGACUUUCUUUUUUGAAUAAAUUAUUCAAUUUGCUCACUGGAGCCAAUAAAACAAAAGUUGGUUCAUUAAAUAUGGAAGCUGGGGAAUUGGGUGGCCUACCCACUUCUGAUGAUUAUGGAAAUGGAAGUGAGAACAAUGAACUUUGUAAUUCUAAUUAUGGGACAAUUGAUCAUAUGCCUACUAAAUCUGAGCGUAAAGAAGACCAGCCAUGUAGAGAGCACAGUUUGCAUGAGGGUGAUGCUCAAUAUGAAGAUAAUCCUUUCAUAGCAGAAGCCAACCUAAAAAAGGAUUUGGUUGACAAUAGUUCGGAUAUGGAAACUGAAGAUUUGACUAGCCUCCCUGCUUCUAACAUUUCUGGUAGUGGAAUCAAGAACGGAAUUCGUACUUCUAGUUAUAGUCCCAGUGACUCUAAUUCUCAACCUAAUAAUGAGUUGGUUGACAAUCCAUCUAUUGUGCAAGUGAGUGUUGAAUUGACUGGAACCAUUAUGGUUGCUGAGGAGUUGAAUAACGUCAGCUCUAAAGUGCAUGCUGAGAACAGUUGCCUUGCUGUUGGAGAUGAAUGUCUCAUUGGAAGUGACAAGAUGGAUGGCCAUCAUAUUUCAGGUGUUAAGAGAGCCCGAAUGACAGUUGAUGAACAGCAACCCUCUGUGCGUGUCAUGUAUAAUUCCUUAACAAGAGCUAGUAAACAGAAGCUUGAGGAACUAUUACAGCAAUGGUCACAGUGGCAUGCUCAACAUGGUUCUUCAACCCAAGAUCCUAAGGAAUUCUUUGAAUCUGGUGAAGAAAUGUUCUUUCCUGCUCUACAUGUUGGCUUGGAGAAGACGUCUGCUGUGUCUUUCUGGUUGGACAACCAAACAGGGAAGCAGCAGGACAAGUUCAUUCCUUUGGAUUGUAACUCUGUGCCUCUUUAUGAUCGUGGAUAUGCAUUGGGUUUGACUUCAGCUGAAGGUUCAAGUAAUGUGGAGGGAGGCUUGGAGAGAUUAGAUGCUGCAAGUCGUUGUUUCAAUUGUGCUUCUUACAAUCAUUCUCUGAAAGAAUGCCCAAAGCCUCGUAACAAUGCUGCUGUCAAUAAUGCACGCAAACAGCAUAUGUCCAAACGCAAUCAAAAUGCCGGUUCACGCAAUCCAACUCGAUAUUAUCAGAAUACCCCUGGUGGGAAGUAUGAUGGUUUAAGGCCAGGUGCUCUUGAUGCUGAAACACGGAAACUUUUGGGCCUUGGGGAGCUUGACCCACCCCCUUGGCUCAACAGAAUGCGAGAACUAGGAUACCCACCAGGAUAUCUAGAUGCAGAUACUGAGGAUCAGCCAUCAGGGAUUACAAUAUAUGCUGAUGGAGAAAAUAAGGAAGAACAGGAGGAUGGCGAAAUUGUUGAAGCAGGAUAUCCUGAACCUCGGAGGAAAAUGAGUGUCCCAUUUCCUGGAGUAAAUGGGCCAAUUCCAGAAAAUGCUAAUGAAAGACUUUGGGCAGAUGGAUCUUCGAGUUCAGAUCUUUCCAGGAAUAGAGUGCAUCACAGAUUGGGCCACUAUUCAGAACCUGUGAGCAGAGGCCAUCAUCGUGAGCAAAGUAGGUUCAGGGAUUUCACAGAUGAAGGGCCUCCUGGCUGUGAACCAGGAUUUAGCCCUUCCAUGUCUAGUUACCCUCCAAGGUAUGGCGCUUAUGAUUCUAGUUACAAUUCUUACAGUUCAAGAAGUAAUUAUUCGAGAUCAAGAAGCCCUUCCUUUGGGAGGUCCUUGUCAGACAGAGGUAGAGAUCCUUUACGAAGGGAUUAUGGCUCAGGCAGAUAUGAAAAUUAUAUUGAAGAAGGCACGAAUGACUAUUUCCAGGAUUUUUCAUCUCACAGUCGGGAUACACAAGACCGGCAUUACCAUAGGAGAUAUUAAUGUGAUUGUAGCAGUAACCGGUGAACAUGAUUAUCCUGACAUAUAUAAGAGGGAGAGGAUUUGUACAAAAUUUAGAUGGGUCUUUGUUGAGUUUAGAUGGUGUUUACCAUGCAGCUUGUGAUUCUCCAAUUGUUUUACAGGUCCCCUUACUCUCAGUUGGACAUAGGCUUCUUCCCUUGUUCAACGUGUUAAAGUAUUUAACAUUUAUCUGAUUAAUUAGCAAAUUGUAUGCAAGUUCUAUAAACUAUUAUGUAUUCUCAUGUAAAAAGCGCAUGCAACGGCGUUGCCCGUGCUCUAGCUAGGAAGGCUACUCAUAUUGUAUUGAAAGACUAUUCUCGUUCGAGACUC